AUGCUCUCGUGCCCGAUCUGCCUCGAGCCCGCGACGGCCGCGUGGACGUCGCCGUGCGGCCACGCCUACUGCUACGCGUGCAUUGCCGAGUGGGUCCGGCGGCGCCAGCACACGUGCCCGAUCUGCCGCGCCCGCCUGCCACCGUCCACGCUGUCGCCACCACCGCGCCCGGCGUUGUUUGCCUUGACGUGGGUCAAUCCGACGGGCGUGCGCCAGCCAGCGUUCGUCGCACUCCACCUUGCGCUGGCCUGCUUGGCCAUGGUCUUCUUCCACACACUGCGCCCGGCGACCGCGCCGACGACGCUCGUCCUCGACGGACUGCUGCUCACGACAAGCUUGAGCACGAUGGGCCAGAUCCUUUUGUACCUUGUGUGCAACGUCUCGCGCGAGUGGGGCGCGCUCCAGCACAAGCUCGAGCUCCGGCAGUCGGCCGCGACACGCGGCGUCUAG